AUGAAGCUGACCCCCUACUUGCGCGCAGGCGGUCCGUUGUGCGCCGCCGGGCUCUAUUUUCCACAAUCCUGGUGGUCGGCCGAGGGUGUGCUUGUGUCAACGGACAAGGGACAGCAUGAGAAGAAGCUUCGUGUCGAAACAAAAAGUGGUAAAGCGCACGCCGCUGCCCACCAGCAGAAACACAAGCACAAGCACAAAAAGCAUCGCGGAAGGAAGAAGCGCCAUACUGGAAGAGGAACUGCAGAGGAAAGUGAAAAAAAAGAAAUUCCUGGAGUAGAGGAGGCGACUUCUAGCACAGCAGAAGCUCCUGCAGAUUCAUCUCCCGAGGACGGCGGUCGUGCAGCAAAGAGCGACACGGGUAUUAAGUCUGCUGCAAAUGACGAACGCGACGACCAGGACCUCGGUGACAAAUCUUUCCUGCAGGAAGAAGUGACGCAGGAGGAAAAGGAGGAAGAAUUAGCAUCAAGAAGGCAGCAGGAAGAGACCGUCGAUACCCAAUCGAAAUCCGCAACCGAAGCAGAAAGUGAAGAUAAAACCGAAAACGAGGCCACAAUUAAGAACGACGCGGCCAAGGAAGAAAAGAACGAGAAUGACAUCAACCGUUUCAGCGAGGAACUGGCAGCCGGAAAGAGCUAUCUAUUGCAAAAGUAGUGUGCUCGUUGUACCAAAUUGCAAUACAGCAUAAAACAGGAUCUAUUUUUUGCUGACCCUAAUCUGCACGACGAAUUCCAUUUGUUCUUGAAUACAUUGUAGAUAAAAUUAUAGGUACCAAUUAACGUUGUAGACUUUUGCAAUGCAUAACGGCGGAACUAGAAAGAGGAAAAAUUACGUGGACAUUACGGAGCAAGGUAAAGAAAACAAACCCAAGAAUGUAUCCUGGAUAAAAACUUCCCAUUUCCCGAAAGUCAAGAUAAGAAAUCUGCUAGACAAAUCCAGAAGUUUUCCGUAUUAGGCAUGAUGACACACCUGGACACUUUGUGCAUUAAGCCGGUUUGGAAAGAAUAAAAGCCGCACCAUAAAUUGGCCAACUCAUCCUGAAUAGCGUAUUACGGCAGUAAACUUCCUCCAGACUCUCUGCGGUAGAAUAAAAUAUACGCUCCGCAUGGGGCAGUUGCGCAUGGGACCCAAUCUGGGCAACAAGUACAUGCUCAUCCAAAUAAUACUACGCAUGACAAGUCUUGAGCGGGCGGGACGUCGGCGCUUUAUUUCCUCAGGAUACCGAGAGAAGAAGUGGAGCCUCGAGGAGCUGGCCGGGGAGGGAGUCCUGAGUGACGAAAUGGACGCGGAACUGUAUGUAUGCAUUGCAAAAGUAUCGUACACGUACUCGUGUAAAUGCAUUACAAAUUUUCUUAGCGUGAGAAAUAAAAUUUGUAAUGCGGAUUCAACUUAAGAAAAAGAUUUGUCAUGCAUGACUGCAAUUACUACGAAUACGAUACUUUUGCACAGGAUAGUAUGACCGGUACAUGACGGGGGAGUUUGACACGCAGCCACAGAAUAAGCAACUCGUAUGACAAUGCACAACUCCCUCUCCUCCUCAUUUGUAUUGCAUGAACAGCAAUACAAACACCAGCACACGUGGAGCCAGUGCAUGACAAAUUCAUGCCGCUAGUGUAGUACUGUCUGGUCUUCCGGAAUCUGUCAUGCAGACAGUGCCAAAGGGAAGCACUUUGAUUUGGGGUUUUGCAUCACAAAAGAGGGGAAAGGGGAGUUGUGCACCCUCAUAACUCGCAGAGCAGCUGCUCAACCUGAGUGACGAGGAAAAGGCCGGUGAUCCGCUGACCAUGGACACCUUGGCCUUCAAGCUGGACAUGAAAAAGCCCGAAGUGGCCGCGUCGAACGGCGAUAACGAACCGCGAUUGGUGGAAAACAUGAGCGCGAAGGAAAAGAGCGACGCAGCCGUCGAGGACGCUCCUGACGGAGAUGAAGAUGACCGGAAGUAUUAUGAGAAGCUGGUAAAAAAAAGCGAAGUUGACAUUGGGAAAGGUAUUACUACAGCCACUGGCACCACUGCUAUCCCGAGAAAAAACGGUAUACAGUUACUUCCACAUUGCUUUUUGCAACUUCAUCAACAACACAAACUUUCUCUGCAUGACAGAGAAAACUGGCAACGCAGAGACCAGAAGGGAAAUAAACACGUAUGUUGAAGCGAGGCAGGCACUCAUUUUGCGCACGAGGAAGGUAGUAAGUUGCGCCGGUCCUGCAAGACAAUGUGUAACUGUAUGCUAUGCUUUUGUCUCGCCAUAAUUGCAGAUGCAGCUAAACCGACGGAAGUGACGGUGCCAAAAGAGGAGAACGACGAAAACAAAGUAUGCACAGCAAAACCAAAACAAGCAUCGUAGUAGUUGUCGUGCUAAUUGCAAUAUAGGGAUGACAGACUUGCUUCGUAGGUUGUCCUAGAAGUACAUGAGAGACUCAGACUCGGUUCUUAUUUUACAAAAAAAAAAAAUGUAAUAGCAUCCGAAUCCCUACUUCCUACAAAUACCAAUACGAUGCUUUUCCGUAUCCAUACAAAGACGCAAAAGUUUACUUCAACAAAGACGACGACACGUCGCUGGACAACACGGUCACGCUGACAGAGUAUCCACAGAAAAAAAACCAUCCACAUCCAAUUUGUCAUUGUCAUGCAAAAAACGUAUCAAAUCAUGUGUUUGUCAUGCAAAAAAUGGAUGUGGAUGGUUUUUUUUCUGUGGAUACAGAGUCCGACAAGACGAUGAAGCUGAGUCAGGAGGAAGGAUCCCAGAAGCUCGAGGAGGCGAGUGCGGAAACCCGGGGCGCGGCAAAGGCAGUCAAGCAAAUGCAGGAGGAGUACAGUGUACGGGUUGGACUUCUGUUGUAGAUUUAUGCACUGCCACGCACGUGUUGAUACAAAUGCUGGUGGCAUAGACAUUUUUUUUAUGAGGAACAAACGUUGACUUUCACUCACAACCACGUCCCGGAAUCCGCAUGACAAGUUUUAUUUUUUUCGUUGGAAAGUCAAAGUUUUGUCGUGUAUUCUCAACUUCAGCGUGUGUGGCAGUGGUGAAUUUGUGUUGCAUACAGUGCAGACGAGCUGGCUGCGGGGAGCGCAUACGACGCGUACGAUUCCAUGAACGCACUUAACGAGGAAGAAGAUUCGGAAUUAUUAGAUUCCGCCUACGGGAGCGACAGCGACCAGUACUCCGGUAUUAGAAUUAGAUAACUGCAUAAGAUUAUGACUUUCCUUGCGCGCGGGAUGCACGCAUCUGCAGUCAGACCACGUGGCCAUGCACAGACAGUUGGAGUCAGACGGAUAUCUUUAUCUGAGCAGCCUUGUUUAUUUUGUCAUACGCUAAAAAUAUGCUUUCUGUUUAUUUCUACUGCGUGUGGAAGUCCCAGGAUUAUUUGCAUCAAAUUUAUACAUAGAGAAGAUGAAGAUGAUGAAAUGAACGUACUCUAUCAGGUGCAGAUUUGUCAUUCGCUUUGAACAGCAAGAGCGACCAACCGAACGUGACCGCGGCCGUUCCUGCGCUCGGCAGCGGGAUAAACGCGACAACGCCUGCUGGUAUCAAGCGCAAAUAUGUCUGGGGCUGGGAAGCGACUUCAAAAGUUGUGAUGUUGUUUGUAGUCAGUCGUACAAAAAUCUGUCAUGCGCGUCGAGUAUGUGAAGCUGGCCACUUUUGGCCUCGACGACCACAUGCGAAGUUAUAGGCAUUGCAAGACUCAUCAUCUCGGCCCCGCAUUGCAAACGGAUUUUCCGGGCCGCGACAAACCUGUAUGACAAACGAACCUUCUGCAUUUUUCCAAAACCAGGCGUUGUUGCACGUUAUAGGUACUACUCCGUCCAUCCCCGGUCUCAACCCGUUGAACCCUGCGAACCCAGGACUGCAAGCCGGGCUCCAAGCCGCGCUGGGGGGCGCCUUGAAUCAGACCGGGCCCGGGCAGCCGGCAAUUCAGCAAGCGUUGCAAAACGCGCAGGCUGCUCUUGGAGCAGCCGCGACCCCCCCGCCAGUGCUGAACAUCACGGUGACACCGGCGCCGGUGUCUCUCGAAGACCAAGUGAAAAAGCUGACCGAGCAGGUAGCGCAGAACACGGCGGCGCUCUCGAACGGCGCGAACGCCGUGCCCGCUGUUUUUCCGCCCCCAGGAUCCCUCCGCCCCAUCGUUCUCAGCCCCCUUACCGUGGCCCCGCCGCCGCCACCACCGCCUCCUGUUGUGGUACCAGCGCCGGCGCCGGCCACCCCACCUCCACCCAGCAGCUUCAAUCUCCCAAACGGCGGCUAUGUGCUGAAGACCAACGGCAUGACGGUGGUGCAGCCCGGUUCGCCUUAUUUGCAGGGGUCGGCGACGACAGUGGCGCCGGUGGGUGGCGCGGCCGCGCAGGUAUUGAUAAAAGGGAUAUAGUUUUAUCAUCCGGUUUGUUUUGUUGACUAGGACUCCUAAUUCAUAAUUGGCGUUGUCUUCCAAGCGACCGCACAGAACGCAUAUGCAAUGAGCAUCAACUUCUACUGCUGCACCAUACGUAGAAAGUGGAUAGUAUCGAUGUACAUGCAGUUAAUACGUCACUGCUUUGUAUUGUUAACAGGGCGACGAUGACACGCCGCCUGCGUAUUUGCAACCCCUGAUCGACUCCAUUGACAAGUUUACGCUGUGUGAAGUCUUUACUAACGCCACAUCUUUUCCAUGGGCCCCAGAUGAAAAAUUUGUGAUGUGCUUAUUGCCUGUUAAUCGAUAAAGAUUGCAUGUUGAACUUUGAAUAUUUGAUACACGAUGUGUGUCGUCCUUGUUCAAGGAGUUGCCUGGCAUUUUUUUUUUGCCCUUGAUCAGAAAGUGGCUCCUUUCAUCACUCUGCAUAUGCUGGAUCAAGUCACAGCAGGCCAAUGCCACGAACCCGGCCGCAGCUGCCACUGGGGGAAUCACGCUGGCGGAAACGAAGCGCAAGUUCUUGUCGAAAUUGGACAUGCACAGUUUCUCCUCGAAGACAGACGCGAUGGAAGAGUUCAAGCGAGAAGCGACAGAAGCUGAAAUAGAGGGCGGGAAAGCUAGCGUGGAAGAUGAAAGUACUAGCAGUGAAGCAGCGGCAGUGGCAACGGAGGCAGAUGAAACUGAAGCUACUUCUACUAGCGAAGCAGAUCUAGCAGACACUCACGUAAGUGAACGUGACGGAGAGGCUUUGCAAGAAGCUGAGGAAGCAGAAACAACCGGCGAGGACUCUACGCGGCUGCGGCCAUCUGAACGAACCGAACUGCAGAGGAGCGAAAUGUCGGUGUCGCGGCAAAGCGAGGAUAGCGUGCUGGCAACACCGGCGAAUGAAGAGGAGAAAGUGGGAAGUCACCACCAGCGGAGGAAUGUGGCCGGAACAAGUGGGCCGACACAAGACGAUGCAGCAGCGGUUGCACAGCCGUAUGCAAAGGAACGCAGAUUUGUGUUGAAUCGAGUAUAGCUAUAGAGAUUAUGUCUGCUAUGGAUCAGGUGUAUCGCAUCUAAUGAAUAAGGCGCUUCAUCGGGCGAGUUGCUGCGAACCACCCAGCUCGAGGAUGGAGCUCGACUUCCUUGGUUGAAUGUAAUAAAUUUGCGUCUUGCAUAGUAAGCAACUAACCGACCGCGUCGUUGGUCCGGAACAGCUGCGCAAGGCCGUCGAAAUCGAGCGAGCGAAAGCGGAAGAGAAACGGCUGAAGGCGAUCUUGCAGGGAACGAGUACGGAGGCAGAGCGACGAGCUGCCUAUGAACUGCAAAAGUAAAAACUAGUAUAAAAUGCAUUACAAAUUUUCUCAGCACGAGAGAUGGAAUUUGUCAAGCUGAUUUGCGUUGGGAACAAGAUCUGUAAUGUUGCAAGACUUGCAUUUAUACGAAACGAAUACGAUAAUUUUGCAGUGGAUACCGCCAGGACAGCGGCAAUGCUCCACAACGCGGAUGCGGCAGAGACCGAAGAGGACGUCCGGGACAUCUACAAAGCCAAGUGGGAUAUGGACCGCUCAAGCGUUACGCUCUCAAGUGUUACACAAAGUUGUCAUGCGAAAACACUAAAAGCGCAGGGCAGGCGAGAGAUUGAUUGCGCGUUUUGCAUUACAAAUUUGGAACGGAUUCCCGUGCUGCUCAGCCCUUCCAGAAUUUGUCAUGCGAAGCACCUUGAUCGUCUGGCGGCUCAUCGUGAUUUUGCAUAACAAAUCAUGUAACAGUUGAGAACGAUGCAACGUUUGAGAACGCCAUAUGGGAAGCGGAGGACUUGGAGCGGAGUUUUGACGCGUGAGGGAGAAGAUAGUGCCGCUAAGAAAAAGACGAGCAAUAAUAUCAACAUCCGGGGCACCAAGUGCUCGAGCUCGCUCACUGACACUGGAGAGCUGAGUCCUACAAUCUCCAACGAUAUAAUCCACCUGUGGCAGUAGAAUCAGAAAGUCUCAUCUGGCACAAAAUGAAAAAGAACAUGAUGCAGCAGAAGUGGAAGUGGCAGCUAGAAGACGAGCAUCAAAGAAGUCCUAAAAAAAUACAUUAAGGCUAUACUUUGCACUACUUUUUUCACUUUACAUACAACUAUCGGAUCACGUCCAUGUCGCAUGUGGCGACGAUACCAGAUGCAGAUGGAAUAAAUUGUCCAGAAAUCUAACGAUGAUCAAGAAAGAAGUGAUUUGCAGACCAUAAUUGAAAUUGAAUUUAAAACCAGAACAAAAAAUAUACAAUGCUUUUAUCAGAUACAGAUUCAUUAUCUCAACUAACAAAGAAAAUUAUCCGAGAAUACAGCCAUCAUGCUGAUGUUUUUUAUGAAAAAUGUUUCAGCCACAAAAAUGUUGUGGAUAAAGAUAUUGCCGAAAGAACAAACGCAUUGAAAGAGGAUCAAAUUCCUUGAAAUGUCAUGUACAAUGUUUACAGCGUAAAAGAUAUUCAAACAAAAACGGAACUUUUUCAUGCAUGCCAGGUGCCCGUAGCUCCUAUGCUUGUGCUUCAAUGGGUAAAAAACGAGCACAAAAAAUGCAAAGACGGCACAGUAGGUGCAGGGUGAAAAUCCAUUGGGUCAGUAUUCCCCUUCGCAGUUUCGUUCUUCUCUUGAAGCUGGAGCUGCAAUAAGUACAAAAACAAAUCGUUGGCCGCAAAAAUGAUCGCUGUCGUUUUCAUUUCUGGAAGGUGCAUCAGGGGGCGACUAUCAGAGACCGCAAUACGUAGUUGUGUAGAGGUACUAAAAACAACUCGCGGCCAGGGAUGCAGCUACAGAAAUGGAACACAGGAGGAC